UGUAUCACUUUGGUGACAAAUCACGAUUUUUCUUUAGCACACUGUUGUGAUGUUUCCAUGAAAUCCAUCUACAAAUUGUAUCAACAAGCAUUUAAUGUUCUGGCAUGAUCAUUGAAUUGGUUUUUGUGUGUUUAUUUCUUUCAACCUAUUAUUUUUGUCUAUGUGUACAAAAAGUGACACUAACCUCAAUUCAACGAUGACGUUUACCAUUGUGAAGUUGGCCCAACGAAUUUGUGUACUUUGCGAUACAUUUGACCGUACUUUUCACCUUUUUACGCACCGAAUUAUUUUCAAUACUAGUUUAUUUUUUGAAUUUUCAAAUUACUGUAUUGACGAUAUCAAAAUAAAUGGUUAAAACAAGCAGUUACACAACUAAAAAUCGCACAAAUACAUUUGCGAGUGGAGAUUUCGUUAGAAAAUUUUAACGACAACAAAAUAAUGUUAAUCCUUUUGUCCUGCUGGAAUUAAGUUCUAAAUGCAUUUCAACAAUUAUGUUCUAAACACUUAAGCUAUGACGUAUGAUACAGCCAAUUGCGCAUUAUUAUGAAUUUAAACGAACAAACAAUCACGAAAAAUUACAUUUCAUUGAAGCAUAUUCUCAAAAAUUUUAAUUUUACGCAAGGAUCAAAACAAAAUUCAAUCAGAACAGACAAUUAUAGACUUGUGAAAAAAUAGAGACGAUCACGAAACACUUCUUGCAGUCAAACAUACUUACAGCAAUCAUAUAGUUACCAUAGAGAUUUUCUUGCUGAGCCAGCUUUCAGCAUUGAAGAAACAAACGAACGAAAAGAAUUAAAUUAACGCACAACAAACGAUCACUUCAAGAAAGAAAAUGGCUGAUAACAACAUUUAUCAAUUCAAAAUUUCGUUGAAAAAUAUAAAGCCAAAAAUUUGGCGACGCAUUCAAUUGCCAGGUAAUUUCACUUUUGCCGAUUUGCACGAAGCUAUGCAACAUUACAUGGGAUGGAGCGAUUGUCAUUUGCAUGAAUUUAAAGUAAAAAAUCCGAUAACUGGAACAAAGGACACAAUCGGCGUUCCAGAUGAAGAUCGAUUUGGUUUUGGACUUAUGCCCGAAGUCAUUCCCGAAGAAAAUAUCAAGAUCGCACGGUAUUUUGUUUUUGCCAAGGACAAAGCAACAUACUUGUACGAUUUUGGUGAUGGCUGGUACCACGAUAUUGUCUUAGAAAAGAUAAUAGCGCCAGAAGAGGACGUCUCCUAUCCACGAUGCGUUACUGGAAAAAGAGCAUGUCCCCCAGAAGACUGUGGUGGAUAUGCGGGUUACGAAGAUUUGUUGGAAAUAAUUGCCAAUCCUCAGCACAAAGAAUACAAAAGCAAAAUGGAGUGGUUGGCGGAAGUGUACGCAACACCUUUCGAUCCGGAAAAAUUCGAUCUAAAUUCAGUUAAUUGAAUGUUUGGACUUUGGAGCAGUCAACAAAAUAUCAAGGACCAACAUAAUCGCUGAAUCGCUAGACUGGCAUUUUAUAAACUCGAUAAAAUCUGAAAAGUACUUAUUAAGGCAUACUUACUUAAAAAUUACUAUUCCAUUACUCCACAAUUCCUGAUCCAUUCCUUCAAUUCAUUUUCCAUUACUUAUUGAUUAAUUUCCAUUUUUUCCAUUCUUUUC